CUCUUGUUUCUUCUCCUGUAAGCCUAGUUCCUGUUGCUGCUCCCUUCCUCCACGAAAAUCACAGCCUCCUACUCCCUGACCGGUUUCGCACAACGAUCAGCUCGUCGAAGCUUCGUGAGAUCACAGGGCCGCGUGCUAAUGCAGGUUUGUUGAUUCUAGCUGAAUAAUCUGCUCGAUCCGGCAGUAGCUUGUCCUGCCUGCAGGUUCUGUAACUGCUAUGGAAGAAAUGCAGAGUAACCAGAACAAUGUCACACUUGGGGGCUUUACUGACCGGGUCACUGAUGCCAUGUUUCCAAACCAUGGCGAAAUGGAGCUUCCCGGUGCAGGUGGUUCUUCUCCCUGGGCUGGGCAGGUUCCAAUGAUCGCGAGAAGGCCAUCACAUAUGCGGCCUCCUCUGUAUGGCACCACAAUGAUGGGGAGUAACCAGCUUGGUGCGGGCAUCCACCCCAAUGGCAUGUUUAAUGAUGACCAGUUACUGUCGUCGGCAUUCAGAAGCAUGAGCUUCAGCUUCAGAGAUGAUGGUGGUGGUGAAGCCCUUGCUAAUCCUGGAAGUGUUGCAUCCAGAAAUGGAUACUGUCCUGCAGAUGUUGUGGUUCCAUCUGCCAGCAGCAUGGUGAAUACAUUUCACCAAUUGACACCUGCUGAACACUUGAAGCCAAACUCGGGUGUAUGGAACUUUCCAAUGUACACUGGGAUUCAUGGUUCGGACGAUGCAUCCGGGACUCUUGGAAAUCUACCAUCUUCACCUCUCCAGCAACGGCUCUUCGUCGAUGGGCAGUCACUAGCUUAUCCACCUUAUCAGCAGAUGCGCUCGAAUUGCAGGUGCCAAGAUACAGAUGCAGAGGGGUACCCUCCUGUGCACUCACAGUAUACAUAUCCGCAAAUGCCGCAGGUUGGUACCCCUGGUGUUCUCUGGAGUAGGAGCAAUUACUCUACCAUGGCAUCAGCUUCAUCUUCUCUUCGGGCACCCAGUGUUGAUCAGCUCAGGCAUCACAGUGAUGAUACUUACUGGACUGUCACUGUUAAUCCGAAUGGAAAUAGCAAGAGGAGUUCUGAACUUCUGAACAACUGCUCUGAUUGCUCAUGUGGAAACUGUGAAUAUUGCCAUAUUAAGCAAGCUGAGAAGUUAGAUCAAUAUGGGAUCAGGUGGUCACUUGAUGGAGUUGGAGAAAGUAUCUUCCUCUUGGCUAAAGAUCAUAAAGGCUCCUGCUUUCUACAAAGGAUAUUUAACAUUGGUGCUCCUGAGUAUGUUAUGAAGGUAUUCUCUGAAAUAAUCAUACACAUCGGUGAACUUAUCGUUGAUCCAUUUGGAAACCGCGUGGUACAAAAGCUACUUGAAGUGUGCACUAAUCACCAAAAGAUGCACAUAAUUGAUGAAAUUACCAAAAUACCGGGGCAACUAAUUGAAGUUGCAUGCAAUAACCAUGGGACAUGUGUGGUGCAAAAGUUGAUAGAAACUAUAAAUUCCCAAGAAGCAGCUUCCAUGAUUGUAUCUGCUCUGAGCCCCGGUGCUGUCACUUUGAUGAUGGAUGUAAAUGGUUAUCAUGUCGCCCACCAUUGCUUGAAGAACCUUUCACCUGAGCACAAACAAUUCCUUCUCAAUGCAGCUAUAGAAAAUUAUUUUGAGCUCGCCAAAGAUUGUUAUGGCUGCUGCAUGAUCAAAAAGUGUAUUGCACACGCGAACAAGGACCAGAAGGAAAAAUUGUUGUACAAUAUCACAUCCAGGGCGCUUGACCUCUCACAACAUCAGUAUGGGAACUAUGUAAUUCACUAUAUAGUUCGUCUCAAGGUUAUGUGGGCAACUGAUAUAGUACUUGACAAACUGGAGGGUUACUACGGAUAUCUGUCAAUGCAAAAGUACAGCAGCCAUGUAGUCGAAACGUGUCUAAAAGAAGCACAUGAACCUAAACGUCUGGAAAUCAUCCAUGAGCUUAUUAACGACCCCAGGUUAACAAAUAUCUUGCUUCAUAAGUAUGGGAAUUAUGUGAUUCAAACAGCACUGAAGGAGUGCGAGAAUGCUCCAGCGCGUGCUGCACUGGUCAGAGCCAUUAGAACACAUGUUGCUGCUCUGCGAAAAAACAAGUAUGGAAAGCGGAUUCUGUCCAAGAUUCACCAAACGAACACGGAGUACUAGAUUUGCACUUUGAAUAUAUUUCUGGAGCUCACUGCACUAAGGAUGCAGUUCAGUCAAGGUGCAUAUGCUUCACCACUACUUUAUUCCCCUGUGGUGACAAUCAUAUGUGAAAAUAUAUGUAUUAAAUUAAGAAAGUAAAGAUAGGCCGAAAAUUUUAAAACAAAAGGGGGUAGUCUUGUUAUGGACAAUUACAUUAUCGGCCACUUUAGAGGACAUGCUGUAAGUUGCAAGGUAGUACAGAUUUUGUGGAAAGAUUAUGUGUACUCUGCCAGAUGCAAAUCUGUAUCCUAUCAAGGUGGAACUUUUGAUGAUAUUUCUCUCAUAGAGGUGGAUUCAUUUUGUUAGCCGGCAGCUGAAACACGUCUGAAUGUAUUAUAUGAUAACUGUUAACUGAAUUCUAGCUUUCUACAUCUGUCAGCAAGAUUAUCUUUUAUGCCA